ACCAGACCGAGGAAGGGAGACCGCGACCGCCCCGAUUUGUUGUCCACACCGCACACCACCCCCCUCCCCUCGCCGUCGCCGUCGCCGUCCUUUAUUUAUCCCUCGGCUCGAUUCCAUCUCCACUAGCCGCUCCUCGCCGCCGCCCCCCCGCCGCGCCCUCCCUCCCCGUCCCCGCGAUCCCGCCGAUCGGGGGGAGCCGGACUGGGUCUGCCCGCCCCGGCGCCGCCGGGUUCGAUCACUUCGGGUAGGUAGGUCGCGUGUGCUCUCGGGGGUCUCGCCCGCUCGCCCGCGCUUGCGUACGCUGCUUUGCUUGCCCGCUUCCUCGAUUGCUUCUCCUCCGCGCGCGCCUGGCCUCGCACCCUCAUGCUAACAGCGGGGCGGCGCGGGUUCGGGCGCCAUUGCUCCGCUCCCAGUAACCGCCACACGCGAUGGAUGGACUGUACCACUGCUAAUUCCCGUCGAGAACUCUGGUUCUAAUUGGACAUAUUGCUGCUGUAUUGUGACAGGCGGCGCCCUUGCUUGGUGACAUUUGUGUUUUGUUGAUCGUCAAGGCUUCCUUACUGCUCAGCCCUCUGUUUUUGCUUGCUGUCUAUAUCUCCUUGGGGAGGGCAAUCUAGCAACAAUGUCAUCGCUUCAGUUAUUGCAACUUACGGAGCAUGGGCGAAACCUUUUUUCUUCUAGAAGGAGGACGCUUGCAGUUGUUUCUGGCGCACUACUUGCUGGUGGUACUUUAGCAUAUGCGCAGUCAGGUCGACGGAGGAAACAUCGGGAAGAAAAUCAUUCUAAUGAUGGAAAUGCACAUACCAGGAGUAAAGAGGGCAUUAGUCAAAAUGGUGUUGAUGGUAAAGUGGUAAAGACAAGGAAAAAGAAAAAUUUAUUGAAAUCCUUACAUUUCCUGGCUGCCAUUUUACUUAAGAAGAUUGGCCCAAGUGGAACAAAUUACCUUCUUGGCUUGAUGUUAACAGCAGUGUUACGUACAGCCAUUGGUCACAGAUUAGCAAAAGUUCAAGGGUAUUUGUUCAAAUCCGCGUUUCUUCGGCGUGUUCCGGCCUUCACACGCCUAAUCAUUGAAAAUCUUCUAUUAUGCUUUCUUCAGUCCACGGUAUAUCAGACCUCAAAGUACUUGACAGGAUCCUUAAGCUUGCGCUUCAAGAAAAUUUUGACGGAUCUCAUCCAUGCUGAUUACUUUGAGAAUAUGGUUUACUACAAGAUCUCACAUGUAGAUCAUCGGAUUUCAAACCCAGAGCAAAGGAUUGCUAGUGAUAUUCCUAAGUUCUGCGCAGGACUAAGUGACCUUGUACAAGAUGAUCUGAUUGCAGUUGCAGAUGGGUUAAUAUACAUCUGGCGCAUCUGUUCUUAUGCAAGUCCGAAAUAUGUUCUCUGGAUUCUGGCAUAUGUACUUGGUGCUGGUGGCACAAUUAGAAAAUUUUCCCCUUCUUUUGGGAAGUUGAAAGCCAUGGAACAACAACUAGAAGGGGAAUAUCGCCAGGUUCAUUCACGACUGAGAACUCAUGCUGAGAGCGUGGCAUUUUAUGGUGGUGAGAACAGCGAAGAAUCGCACAUUAUGCAGCGGUUCCAGGCUCUUGUGCGGCACGUGAAUGUUGUUCUUCAUGAGAACUGGUGGUUUGGCAUGAUUCAGGAUUUUCUUCUGAAGUAUCUUGGUGCCACAGUGGGAGUUAUCUUGAUUGUCGAACCUUUCUUUGCGGGAGAUCUUAAACCUGAUACAUCUACUUUAGGACGGGCAGAGAUGUUGAGUAAUCUUCGUUAUCACACAAGUGUGAUAAUAUCAUUAUUCCAGUCCCUUGGCACCCUUUCUACCAGUUCAAGACGUUUAAAUCUUCUCAGUGGCUAUGCAGACCGUAUUCAUGAGUUACUGGAUGUUUCACGUGAGCUAUCUGGGGUUCGUGACAGAUCAAUGAGCCGAAAUUCUUCUGCCAAAAAUUAUAUUAGUGAGGCAAACUAUAUAGAAUUUUCAGGUGUUAAGGUGGUGACACCCUCUGGGAAUGUCUUGGUUGAUGAUUUAACUCUCCGGGUGGAGUCGGGUUCUAAUCUUUUGAUCACUGGUCCCAACGGUAGUGGAAAAAGCUCUCUUUUCCGUGUUCUUGGGGGUCUGUGGCCACUUGUAUCUGGCCACAUUGUCAAACCUGGUGUUGGUUCUAAUCUUAACAAGGAAAUCUUUUAUGUCCCCCAGCGACCAUAUACAGCUGUCGGAACACUUCGCGACCAGUUAAUCUAUCCACUUACAGCAGAUCAGGAAACCGAACCACUUAGCUAUGGUGGUAUGGUGGAUCUUCUAAAGAAUGUUGAUCUAGAAUACUUGCUAGAACGCUACCCUCUCGACAAGGAAGUUAACUGGGGUGAUGAGUUGUCUCUUGGUGAGCAACAGAGAUUGGGAAUGGCGAGAUUGUUCUACCAUAAGCCCAAGUUUGCCAUCCUGGAUGAGUGUACUAGUGCUGUGACGACUGAUAUGGAAGAACGUUUCUGCAAUAGGGUCCGAGCAAUGGGCACGUCAUGCAUAACAAUAUCUCACCGACCAGCAUUAGUUGCUUUUCAUGAUGUCGUUUUGUCCUUGGAUGGUGAAGGAGGGUGGAAAGUUCAAGAUAACAGAAAUGGCUCCUUCCUUCCUACUGAAUCGGAGUUUGAUGCAUUGAAGUCAUCAGAAACUGACCGCAAAUCUGACGCACUUGCUGUUCAAAGGGCUUUUAGUGCUAAUACAAAGGAAAAUACUUUAUCGGGCCCCAAGGAACAUUCUUAUUCAACACAGGUCAUAGCUACUUCCCCCAAUAUGGAAAUAGAAUCCACAGAACAGCCACAUCUGAUCCCACAAUUGCAGUGCUCGCCGAGACCUUUGCCUGUUAGAGUUGCUGCAAUGUCUAAAAUACUGGUUCCUAAAAUCGUUGAUAAGCAAGGAGCGCAAUUGCUUGCAGUUGCAGUACUCGUACUUUCUCGGACUUGGAUAUCUGAUCGUAUAGCUUCACUGAAUGGGACUAGUGUUAAGUAUGUCCUGGAGCAGGACAAGGCAGCCUUCAUUCGAUUGAUCGGGACCAGUGUAAUGCAAAGUGCAGCAAAUUCAAUUGUGGCACCAUCACUGAGACACCUUACUUCAAAGAUUGCUCUUGGAUGGCGAAUUCGCAUGACCAACCAUCUACUUGCAUAUUAUUUGAAAAGAAAUGCUUUUUACAAGGUAUUUAACAUGACAGGCAUGGAGAUUGAUGCAGACCAAAGAAUAACACGUGAUGUGGAGAAGUUGACGAAUGAUCUUGCUGGCUUAGUUACUGGAAUGGUGAAACCAUCAGUUGACAUUCUUUGGUUUACAUGGAGAAUGAAGCUUUUAUCUGGGAGAAGAGGAGUUGCUAUUUUGUACGCAUACAUGUUGCUAGGGCUUGGUUUUCUAAGAGCCGUUUCCCCUGAUUUCGGUGAUCUUUCAAACCAAGAACAAGAACUUGAAAGUUCUUUCAGGUUCAUGCACUCAAGACUGCGGACACAUGCUGAGUCAAUUGCUUUCUUUGGUGGUGGAUCAAGGGAAAGAGCUAUGGUUGAAGCUAAGUUCGCAACUUUGCUUAACCACUCGAAGAUUCUUUUGAGGAAAAGAUGGCUUUAUGGUAUAUUUGAUGAUUUCGUGACGAAGCAGCUGCCUCAUAAUGUGACAUGGGGAUUGAGUCUGUUAUAUGCUUUGGAACACAAGGGGGACCGAGCUUUGACUUCAACACAAGGAGAGUUAGCACAUGCCCUGCGGUUCUUGGCAUCUGUAGUGUCACAAAGUUUCAUAGCUUUUGGUGACAUUCUCGAGUUGCAUAAGAAAUUCCUUGAACUUUCUGGUGGUGUCAAUAGGAUCUUUGAACUCGAGGAGCUUCUAAAGGCAUCUCAAAGCAAUGCUGUCAUGCCCUCAAAUGUUAUCAGUGUGCCAUCUGAAGAAACUAUUUCCUUCCGUAAUGUGGAUAUUGUGACCCCAUCGCAAAAGCUACUGGCUAGCCAAUUGUCUUGUGAUGUGUCUCAAGGAAAAAGCCUUCUUGUCACUGGUCCAAACGGCAGUGGCAAGAGUUCCAUUUUUAGGGUGCUCCAAAGUUUGUGGCCUGUAGCUUCCGGAAGGCUCACCGUGCCAUCUGAAGGGAUAUUUCACGUUCCUCAGCGCCCAUAUACUUGCCUUGGAACCUUGAGGGAUCAGAUCAUAUAUCCUCUCUCACGUGAGGAGGCAGAGUUGAAGAUGCUUACAUUGUCCAAAACAAGUGACAGGUCUAGAUCGCUGGACGAUCACCUGAGGACAAUUCUAGAGAAUGUUCGCUUGGUCUAUCUUCUCGAAAGAGAAGGUUGGGAUGCUACUCCCAAUUGGGAAGACAUUUUGUCCUUGGGAGAACAGCAGAGGCUAGGCAUGGCCCGCCUGUUCUUUCACUCUCCUAAGUUUGGCAUCCUUGACGAGUGCACCAAUGCUACGAGUGUCGAUGUCGAGGAGCAUUUGUACAGGCUAGCAACUGACAUGGGUAUAACUGUGGUCACUUCCUCCCAAGUAAGUACUUUAUUGGGGUGUUGCCACAUCGAUUUUGUGAUGAGUUCAUACCUAAAGCAAAUUCGGAAUGGUUUCACAAUUCAUCGUUUAGGUCCCACGGCGUGCGUGGGGGUGUUCGUGGCGUCCGGCUCGAUCCACGAGUCGCCCGAGUCCACCGGCGCGACGCACCUGCUGGAGAAGCUGGCGUUCAAGGACACGGCGCACCGGAGCCACAUGCAGAUCGUGCAGGAGGUGGAGGCCACGGGGGGCAACGUCGGCGCCUCCGCCUCCAGGGAGCAGAUGGUCUACAGCUACGACACGCUCAAGGCCUACAUUCCGCAGGCCGUCGAGGUGCUCCUCGACAGCGUCCGCAACCCGCUCUUCGUCCAGGACGAAGUCGACCGGCAGCUGGCCCUUACUCGAGAGGAGGUCCAUGCGGUGCAGAAGAACCCGGAGAAGUUUCUUCAGGAAGUACUUAACCUUGUUGGAUACGAGGGGGCGAUCGCGAACCCGCUGAUAGCUCCUGAGGAGGCUCUUGGGAUCAUCAAUGCCGAUAUUAUUCGGAAGUUCUAUCAUGAAAAUUUCACUGCUGAUCGUGUGGUUCUAGCAGCGUCAGGUGUUGAUCAUCAACAAUUGUUAGAUGUUGCAGAACCUUUGUUGUCUGAUUGGCACAAGGGGUCCCCUAUGGAAACACCAAAGUCUACGUAUACAGGUGGUGACUUCAGACAGAAAGCAGAAUCAGAUAUGACACAUGUUGCGUUGGCUUUUGAAGUGCCAGGCGGCUGGCUUAAAGAGAGAGAUGCUACAAUUAUGACCGUCAUACAGACCUUAAUGGGUGGUGGCGGCUCAUUCUCCUCUGGUGGUCCUGGAAAAGGGAUGCAUUCGCGGCUUUACCUGAGAGUCUUAACUAAAUAUCACGACGUCCAAUCAUUUUCAGCAUUCAGUAAUGUAUAUGAUAGCACUGGCCUCUUUGGUAUCUAUUUGACAACGCCACCAGAUUUUGUUGCAAAGGCUGUUGAUGUCGCUGUGCAGGAAUUGAUUGCUAUUGCAACGCCUGGACAAGUGACGGAGGUUGAGCUGACACGUGCGAAAAACUCGACGAUUUCAUCUGUGCUAAUGAAUCUUGAGUCAAGGGUAAUUGUUGCAGAAGAUAUAGGGAGGCAGCUUUUGACUUAUGGUAGCAGGAAGCCUAUCGAUCAUUUUCUUCAGUGCAUGGAGGAACUGACCCUAGAUGACAUUACAGCGUUUGCUAAGAUGUUGUUAUCUUCCCAACCUACAAUGGCUAGCUAUGGAGAUGUCGAUAAAGUUCCGCCGUAUGAAUUUGUCAGCAAGCGGUUCCAACGGUUCCGAUAGCGCCCUAACACCAUGAUCCCUGGUGAAGACGAACACAGAGCUCUGUUCCAGUUCUCCCUAAUAUUUGUCUUGUGCUCGGAAAUUUUCCCUGUUUUACUCGUGUGUGGACGAGGUUAGUUUUGUAUUGGCUUAGUUCAAACAGCGCAUGCUGAUGAAAUGUCUUGGGUAGACAGGAAAACAAUUUUCUUGAAGCUUGUAUGGAAAUUUUGCCCUGCCAAUCUAUAUGGUCUCGUUGCCAUGU